AUGGCGUCGGCGUUCGUCCUGGCGGACGAGCUGCUGCGUCUGCAGGAGGAUGAGCUCGAGAUCGAGCAUGAGGUGCUCAUAGAUACGCUCGACGCGGAGGAGCAGGCCGCGACGGUCGAUCGCGCGGUCGACGCGGUGGCGCACGCCCCGACGUCCGUGCAGCAGAGCGAGGUGUACGGUGGGCUGCUGUCGUGCAUCAAGUACGCUGCAUCGCUGCGUGCGAGCGCGUGCCACAAGCUCGUGGAUGCGGUGCUCAGCGGUAUGCAGAGUGUCGUCGACGAGCUCGCCGAGGACGAAGCGCCGUCGCUCGAGGCGCUCGAGCGGUACGCAUUUCUCCUCCAGUACCUCGUGCAGAGCUUGGAGAAGCACCGCUCACAGUGGGGAGGCGCGCCGACGCGCGGCAAGCCGACCGGCGACGGCUGGACGUGGCCGUCGUCCAUUCCGCCGGUGCUCGCGACGAUGGCGCGGGCGCUGCGCGCCUUGUCGGAACGGGUGUGGGAGGCGACCGCCGUGCGCGACACGUUCGUCUCGCGCUGCAUGCUGCGCCCGGCGACGCUCCUGCUCGAAAACGAGGCGUACUGCAAGGUGCCGGCGAUCAAAAACGGCCUCUUUCGUGUGAUGUGCCUGGGCGUCAAGCUGCACGGCCAGGCGUUUAACGUACAGACGAGCAUCUUGCAGUCGCUGCAGUACUACGAGCACCUCGCCGAGCUCAUGGCCGAGCUGCUCGAAACGAUGCGCGUCGAGUUCGACGUGGAGCGCAUCGCCGAAGACGUGCUGCGCGACCUCGCAUCCAAGACCUUUACGUCGCUCGACAGCAAGAGCCCACGCAGCUACGGCCGCUUCCUUGUGCGCAUGGCCGAGCUGAAUCCACGCAGCGUGCUGAAGCAGAUCUCGCUGCUGCAGACGCACCUCGACAGCGAGUCGUACCCGAUGCGCAACGCCAUGGUCGAAGUCCAGGGGCUGCUCAUCAAGGAGCUGAGCAUGAACGAGGACUUUGCGCCGGCCGCCGCCGACGUCGACGACGACGACGAGCGCCCGGGCAGCGCGCACCAGAAGCAGAUCGAAAUGUUCUUUGGCAAGAUUUUCGAGCGCUUCCUCGACUUGACCACGUUUGUGCGCACCAAGACGAUCCAGACGUGCAUGGCGCUGUGCGAACUCCCGGUCAAGUUUGCGCCGCAGCGGCUGCAAAUGGCUGCGCUCGCGGUGCGUGCACUGGAGGACAAGGGAAGCAACGUGCGCCGCAACGCCAUUGCGCUCCUCAUCAAGCUCAUUCUCACGCACCCGUACGGCCUCUUGCACGGCGGCGAGCUCAACAAGAGCGCCUGGGAAGAGCGCCGCGCCGUCGUCCAAACCGAGCUCGAAAAGGCCGAGUCGGUGCUCACCUUUCCCGAGACCGAGGCCCCGGAGCAAGAAGAUACCACGGACCGCCGCAAGCCCCGCAAGUCGGCGCUCGACCUCGAGGCGCUCGCCGCAUCGCAGCAGUCCAUGACGCAAGAGGACCAGGAAAAACUCGUCAAGCUCCGCCUCACCGUACAGUACUACACAGACGCGCUGCGCUUUAUCGAGCUGAUGGAGCAGGCGAUCCCGAUUUUGGUUCAGCUUCUCGCGUCCACAUUCAAGGCAGAGGUCCUGGAAAGUAUGGAAUUCUUCCGCGUCGCACACGAGUACAAGAUCCAAGGCGCGAUGGACGGCGUGCGUGCCAUGGUGCACCUUGUGUGGGCCAAGGACAAUGCGCUGGUCAUGGAGGACGGGUCGCAGCUCAAGGGCAUCCGCAGCCGCCUGAUCGAGGUGUACCGCGCACUGUACUUUGACGCAUACCCCGAGCUGAGCCGCGCAGAAAAUGUCGCGCGGAUCUCGCGCAACAUGAUUGAGCGCACGUUUGGCGCGACGCUCGCCGAGCUCACCUCGCUCGAGCAGCUCUUGAGCCUGAUGCAGUCCGAGCGCAUGAUCAGCGACGAGGUCAUUGAAAAACUCUGGGAAGUGUACGCGGCCUCCCGCCCGAUCGCCAAGGCGCAGCGCCGCGGCGCGAUCCUCGUGCUGAGCAUGCUCGCCACGGCCGACCGCGCGCUGGUUGCCGACAAGAUCGAGACGCUGCUCCAGAUCGGCCUCGGGCCGCUGGGCAUGCGCGACGUGACGCUCGCGACACACACCUGCGUCGCCCUCCAGCGUGUUGCGGGCAGCGCGAAAAAGGUCAAGGGCGCGCUAAGCGAUGCCAACGUGCGCUAUCCCAUGGCGCACCCGCUCUUUGCACGCCUCCGUGCCGCGAUCCAGAUGCCGGUCAGCGGCGAGGAGCAAAAGGCGGGCUGGUUCUCGCUCGCGGAGCACGCGGUCCAGGCCAUCUACCUGCUCGGCGAGCAGCCCGACGCGCUGUGCACCGAGAUUGUGCGCCAGCUGACGCUGGCUGCCUUUGACGAGGAGUGUGCAGAAGAGGCCAAGGCGUUCCGCUUUGCGCAGCUCCUCUUUGUCGUGGGCCACGUCGCGCUGAAGCAGAUCGUGUACCUCGAGCUGGUCGAGCGCGAGCUGAAGCGGCGCAAGGCGGUCAAGGAUGCGGCCGACGGCGCAGAGAAGCGCGCCUCGGAGCUCGACCAGGUCGCCGGCAACGCCGAGGACGAGAUCGGCGAUAUGAUUGCCUAUAUCAAGGACCGCGAGCUGCUCUAUGCCCCCCAGAGCCUGCUGGGCCUCUACGGCCCGCUCGUUGCGCAGAUCUGCAGCGCGCCGAAAGAGUACGCCGACGUCUAUGUGCAGCGUGCCGCGACGCUGUCGCUCGCCAAGCUCAUGUGCAUCUCGUCCGAGUACUGCGACACGCACCUCGCGCUCCUGCUGCAUGUGCUCAAGAGCGCCAAGGACCCGGUGGUGCGUGCGAAUGUCGUGAUUGGCCUUGGCGACGUCGCCAUCUCGUUCGGCACGCUUGUCGACGAGAACAGCGAGCGUUUGUACGCCGGUCUGAACGACGGCAACCUCGGUGUGAAGAAAAACACGCUGAUGGUGCUCACGCACCUGAUCCUCAACGGCAUGAUCAAGGUCAAGGGCCAGCUCGGCGAGCUGGCCAAGUGCCUCGAGGACGAAGAGCCGCGUGUGAGCGACCUGGCCAAGCUCUUCUUUAGCGAGCUCGCGACCAAGGAGAACGCCGUGUACAACAACCUUCCCGAUAUCAUCUCGCAUCUCUCGAGCGGCGAACACGCCGUCGAAGAGGACGUGUUUGUGAAUACCAUGCGCUUCAUCUUUACGUUUAUCGACAAGGAGCGCCAGGCCGAGAACGUGAUCGAAAAACUCUGCCAGCGUUUCCGCCUCACGACCGAAGAGCGCCAGUGGCGCGAUAUCGCCUACUGCCUCUCGCUCCUGCCGUACCGCUCGGAGCGCUCGAUCAAGAAACUCGUCGAAGGCCUGCCGUACUACCAGGACAAGCUCUACUCGCCCGAGGUGUACAAGCGCUUUGCGGAAAUCCUCACCAAGAUGCGCCAGGGCAAGUCCACGGCGCAGGCCAAGGCGGGCGACGCAGACCUGCGCGAGUUUGAAGAGAUCCUCGCACAGACCGCCGCCCAGGGCCGCGACGACCAGGCGCUCGAACAUGCGGCGCACGCCCACGUCGCACGCACCGAGCGCAAGCGCGCACAGCGCGCACCGCGGCGCAAAGUAGCUGCCUCGUAG